UUUUUCAGUUUUAGGAUCAACGUUUUGUCCAUAUUUCAGACCGAAUUAAAACUCAACUCUUCACAAAAGCAUCAUUUCCGAACUCUUAUAAUGAGACCAAUUGCCCUAACUUUAUGUUACUUGAUUAUUCUUGCGAAGCAUACUAGUUUGUCGAAAGAUGCAGAAUCUUUAAAAUUUAAGGAGGACAAGUUAGUACACAAAAUAAAAAGCAAAAUGCCGGAAUACUUCCCACCAGAUGACAUUCAUAACAACGAAGUGGUAUUUUCCCUGGGCUUGAAGCAGAUUGUGGAAGUGGACGAAAAGAAGAAUUCAUGGACAAUAUCCUUCGAGAUUCUAAUUCAGUAUUUUUCGGAGUCGGCCAAGUGGGACCCAGGGGAAUACGGAGGAAACGAGUACAUCUUUAUCAAAGAACAUUCAGUUUGGAGACCAGAGACGGCGCUACCCUCGUUGAUAGAGAUUCUUGGAAAGGGUUCGACCAAAAAACAAGUGUUAUCAUACGAUGGGAGAGUGAUUGCAUUCGAUCAAGACGUAACAGGUGUUUUCUCAUGCAGAAUCAAUGUACGCAAAUUCCCCUAUGAUGAGCAGGAAUGCCGCUUGAGACUGAUGAACCGAAUGCCUCAUCGUAAUUGGAAUAUCACAGUGAACCCAGUGAUGCAGGAUCAAUUUUUGUCUUCUUACGAGGACAACUAUCAAUGGCAAGUCAUCAAACCAAUGCGAUUCAGAGUAGUUAAGUCAAAUUCCUAUGAACAAACGGGGGUCGAGUUAACAGUCCGGUUGAAACGGCGCUCCAUAUUUUACGAGUUCUUCCUCAUCACACCAAGUUUAAUUCUCUACAUCUGUUCGGGUUUUGAGUUUGCAAUUCCGGUAGAAUCGGGAGAGAAGAUUUCAUUCAUUGUGACUAUUCUGCUGGCCGAGAUGGUCAACUUCGGCAUUUUGCAGGAUAUUUUCCCUCCGAGCUUCGACGAGUUGCCGCUUCUAGCAGAGCUCAUCGCGUCUCAAAUUAUACACAUAACUGCUCUAGGAGUCAUUGCUAUUAUUGCUAUACACAUUUACCACAACAACAUUGGAUUGGAAAUGCCAACGUACCUCGUCAAGAUAGUAUGCAGUAAGAAAAUGAGGUACAUCCUCAUAGUUCCACUGGGGAUACCAGAAAAACAAAAUGCUAGUCAGCCAACUGAACAAAGUGGCAAAGAAGAAGAUGGGACCCAAUUGAAUGACAAUGGAGCUCGUCGGCUGCAACAGGAGUUGGAGAAGUUUUGCAAGGAUGAAGAGACUUCGUCAGAAGAUGCCCGAGACAAGCUGAGAGACAGUCAGUGGAAGAAAAUGUCUGCAGUUAUAGACCGAAUAAUGCUGAUUGCUCACUUCAUUAUAGUUACUCUCGUCAUUUUGUAUUUCAUCAUCAAAUACCAAUUCGAAUAGAAGCGGAAUAAGCUCACGGUCAUUUUAAAUUAACGCAGUAACCAUUAAAAGCUUUCGAGCAUAAACUCGAUUAUCUUGCAUUUUUUAAGUCUCUUACUCAACUAAUUCGACUAUAUUCUAACGGGUUUGGGGUGAUUUAGUUUGGUCGAUAUUACAUAAAACUUGAUUUGUUUAAAAACUUUAUCUAUAAUUUGAAUUGUUAAGAAAAUG